GAAAACUCUCCCUUCUGAGGUGAAUCAGCUGGGGCUGCUGUCUGUGGGCACUGGAGCAGCUGGCGUGGAGCAGGGGCUGUGCUCGCACCUGCAGCCUGAGUGCUCUCACCCCGUGCAGAGGCUUCAGGGGUGCGAACACAUCCUGUUUACAUCUGCCACCAAGACGGGGAGGCUGAGGGAGCGCACGGCUGAGGCACAGUCGGAGGAAGCGCCAAGCACAGGGAGAGCGGCUGCAGCAGGAGGCGGCCCUGGCAUGGACACAGUGCCCGUCUACCACGGGGCCAUCACCCGAGAGGCCGGGGAGAAGCUGCUGCUGGCGGCGGGCACGGACGGCAGCUACCUGCUGCGGGACAGCGAGAGCAUCCCGGGGGUCUACUGCCUCUGCGUGCUGCAUCAGGGUUAUGUUUAUACCUACAGAGUGUCCCAGACAGAAACUGGGUCCUGGAGUGCUGAGACAGCACCGGGGGUCCACCGGCGGCUCUUUCGGAAAGUGCACAACCUCAUUUCGGCCUUCCAGAAACCCAACCAAGGCAUUGUAACACCCCUGCAGAACCCAGUUGUCAACCACAUGAAAGCCAGCAACUCCCCAGGUACUGGUGGGGGGAGGACACCUUGGCUGCAGCUGAGCAGACCCCUCCAUGGUGGCAGGGAUGGAGGUCUUAGACUUAUUUGUAUAUUUGACCUGAACUAGCCAGCAGAAUGACAUUGCCAAAAAUGUGUCCUAACUUUGAUAUUGUGUGAUUUGAAAUGCUGUCACUCAGGUGCUCUUUACAGAUAGGGCCUGUCAAUGUGAUAAGAAAAUGGAUUUUGAAUAUGUGUUCCUGAGUGCUGCAGCAGUGUUAGCUGCCUUCCCUCACCAUCACCCUCACUCAUGGAGGUAUGAGUCUUCUGGACUGUCCAUUUUCUGAGUGUUCCUCUGUUCAUAUAUUUGUGAUUAUUUCUCUUAGGGAGGAAUGAAGGCUAUGACUUCCACCUGCAGCCAUCAUGAGGAUGUCUCCCCAAGUGUGACACAACCACAUCUUCCAGAAUCUCCUCUAAUCCAUGCUUUAAAACAAAAUGAUUUAUAUGAUUUAUAUGAUAACAAAUACAACUCUGUGAGUUUUCUUUUAAACAUUUGCAGAAAUGUGUAUUUCAUAGAAUUUAUUGCUCAAGAUGUAGAAGUUUAAGUUUCAGAAUGCUUUGAACUUAGAGUGGGAUAUUUUUUGGUUUUGUUUUGGUUUUUCCCAAGAGAGGAUAAAAAAACAUGAACUGAUAAAUCUUUUAUGUUUUUUUUCUCCCUUUGUACUGUCAAGUAAAAAUAUUUUUCCCUUCAAGAUCAUUCUUAAUUAAUAAUUAGUUAUUAAUUUUACAUUGCUUAACUUUGGAUCCUGCUUUGCUUUGUUCUGGUUGGCAUUAUGCAGAAUUGGGCAAAUGCCCUUUUAUAACCUUAGGAGAAUUGUUUGCAUUAAAGUGUCCUUGCCUUGGA